GCUGUAUUGCGAAGCACAGGCUGAUUGCGGCUGAUAAAGCAUCAACACAGUCGAAAUGGCUCAAUCUCUCUCCUAACUGAAAACCCCUUCUCAAACCCCCAAUUUCCCUCCUCUUUCCCUCCCUUUCCCUCUGUCUCAAAGGUAAAAAAGCCCCGUAGUUUCUACACUUGACAGAUUGCGAGGAAGCAGAUUAUAGGAAAAGACCUUCUACCUGGUUUAGAUCCUGUGGAGCUCUCGUCUCUGCUUUAAUCAAACACUAUGACAGCAAGUUUCAGUACAGUUGCAAAUCUCUGGUCAGUUUCUGCUUUUUCACUCUCCCUUCUAGUUCCACUGCAUCCUUGAUUCCUUAUCGUUCACAAUUGGAAUUACGAUGUAACAAUUGGAUACUGCAAACCAUUAGUUAUGGAUAUAGUGGCUUUGAAUGUGAUGGAGUUUGAUGAUAUGGGUGGUUCUGGUUCCCAAGACGAUGUCGGUGCUCUUGACCUGGAACACUCAGAUGACUUUGAAAUCGAAUACCGUGAUAAUAAUCACAAUUUACUGGAAGGUCCUUCAACGGUCUCCCAUUUCUCAACUUCCAAUGGUGACCCUAAUCUGGAGCCCUAUGAGGGUAUGGAAUUCGAUUCAGAACAGGCCGCCCGCAUUUUCUACAAUUCCUAUGCUCGUCGUAUUGGUUUUAGUACUAGGGUCAGUGUGUACCAGCGGUCUCGUCGAGAUGGGUCCAUCAUUUGUCGCCAAAUUGUGUGUUCUCGCGAAGGGUUUCGUCGUGAGGGCAAUGCGAAUAGGUCUAAAAGACAACGCACUGUUACUAGAGUUGGGUGUAAAUCUCAAAUGACAGUUAAGAAACAGAGUUCUGGAAAAUGGGCUGUGACUAGACUUAUUAAAGAACAUAAUCAUGAUCUUGUGCCGCCUGAUAAAGUGCAUUGCCUCCGGUCACAUAGGCAUGUGUCUGGUCCUGCAAGAAGUCUCAUUGAUACUCUUCAGGCAGCAGGGAUGGGGCCAAGUGGAGUUAUGUCUGUGCUGAUUAAAGAAUCUGGUGGCAUCAAUAAUGUUGGCUUUACUAAAGUUGAUUGCCAGAAUUAUAUGAGUAGUAGUAGACAGAGGACACUUGGCAGUGGAGGUCAGGUUGUUUUUGACUAUUUGAAAGAAAUGCAGACAGCGGAUCCUGGUUUCUUCUAUGCCGUUCAAGGUGAUUUUGAGAAUUCUUCAGGAAACAUUUUCUGGGCAGAUGCAAGUUCGAGAAGGAAUUACACUUUCUUUGGGGACACUGUCACUUUUGACACUACAUAUAGAACGAAUCGUUACCGAGUCCCUUUUGCACCUUUUACUGGUUGGAACCAUCAUGGACAGCCAGUGCUGUUUGGAUGUGCACUAUUGCUGAGUGAGUCUGAGUCCUCGUUUGUUUGGUUGUUUGAGACUUGGCUUGCUGCUAUGUCGAGCCGCCAUCCCAUCUCAAUCACGACAGACCAGGACAGGAUUAUACGGGCAGCUGUUUCACAAGUGUUUCCUGGAACCCGUAACAGAUUUUGUAAAUGGAACAUUUUUAGGGAGGCCCAAGAAAAAUUAUCUGAUGUUUAUCGCUCACAUCCCGCUUUUGAAGUGGAGUUUCAGAGGUGCAUCAAUAUGACAGAGACAAUUGAUGAGUUUGAGUCAUGUUGGGAGUCACUUAUUCAAAGGUAUGAUCUUGGAGAUAGUGAAUGGCUUCAGUCAAUGUACAGUUCUCGCCAGCAAUGGGUUCCUGUUUAUCUCAUGGAUACAUUCUUUGGUGAGAUGUCUGUGAUGCAAGGAAGUGAUACUAUAAAUUCUUACUUUGAUGGAUAUAUAAAUGCAUCUACUAAUAUUCAAGUGCUGAUUAAGCAGCAUGAAAAGGCAAUUGCAACUCGUUAUGAAAAGGAAGUAAAGGCAGAUUAUGAUACAAUGAAUAUUCCUCCAGUUUUGAGAACUCCAUCUCCAAUGGAGAAACAAGCAGCAAACCUCUAUACAAGGAAGAUAUUUAUGAAAUUCCAAGAAGAAUUGGUCGAGACACUUGCUUAUCCUGCAACUGUAAUUGAUGAUGUUGGACCGUCAAUUACGUAUCGGGUGGCAAAGUUUGGGGAAGACCAUAAAGCACAUUUUGUCAGGUUCCAUGUUUUUGAAAAGAGAGCUUGCUGUAGUUGCCAAAUGUUUGAGUUUUCAGGUAUUAUUUGUAGGCACAUACUAGCAGUGUUUAGAGUAACCAAUGUUCUUACACUUCCAUCUCACUAUGUCUUGAAACGAUGGACAAGAAAUGCGAAAAGUCAGGUUGUAUUGGAUGAACAUGCUCUUUGGUUGCCUAGUAAUUCUCAGGAGUCCUUUGCUGCUCGCUGUCAGAACCUAAGCCAUAAAGUCAUCAAAUAUAUAGAAGAAGGUUCAGAAUCGAUACAGGUUUAUAAUGUGGCAAUGAAUGCUCUUCAUGAAGCCACAAGGAAGGUUGCCAUUGCAAAGAAGCAAGGUCCUGUGUCCAUGCAGAAUUCUCAGGUCAAUGCUAGUCAGCAGCUGCAGCUAUGCUGUCUGGACCAGGACAAGAAAAUUCAGGAAUUGACUGCUGAAUUGGAGCAUGCAAGCCAGCAGUGUGAAGCAUAUAGAUCAAAACUAUUAGCUGUUUUGAAAGAUAUGGAGGAACAGAAGUUAAAGAUAUCGGUGAAGGUUCAGAAUGUGAGGCUUAAUCUGAAAGAUUGAACUGAAGCUGAAGGAUUAAUGUAUGCAUUAUAGAAGCAUUGGAGGUCAUGAGUAAACUGCAACAGCCUUGCCAUUACUUCCUCCAUAUUUUCAAGUUUAGUUGCCAGAAAAGGAUACAUCUUAUGAUCUUAAAUUCUAGUCUAGGCAGUUCACAGUUGUAUUCUCCCAAAGUUUUGCCAGACCUGUUUGUAUUUUAGCCAUAACUUAUACCAUAACCCAAUAGUUAAUGCGAAGCAAGGAACAGAGUUUGAUGAAA